UGCCCACUUUCUGUUUACAUUUGGAUAAACGUUUGUGGUAUGUUUGACAUCUGUUACGAAAUCUCCUUAAAGUUCUCAUUUAGGUUCAAGUGAUGUUAUUGUUGAUGUCAUUAACGAAGUAAAAAUACAAGGUGAAUUAAUCGACACUGGUUAUGUGUAUUGCUAUAAAUGCAGGAUUAACACACAUUCAUGCACAUGUUGUCCGUACCAUUUCCUUAUCUAACAUGAAAUCUUUAGUUGCAAGUUUUGAAAACCAUUUAGUAGAAAGUGGAUGGUAACAGGUUCAUUGUCGUAUAGAUUCGAUAUCAGGUGGUUCUCCAAAAUUCUUAGACAAGGGAAUAUUCUUACGAAUGUAACGUAAUGACUAACGAUGUAGUUGCCAAAUUCUUCCGACUGCUGUGACUUUCUUCCACAAUCUCUCUCUCUAUGUAUAUGAAAUCUUGUUUUCUUUCUUUUCAUUAUUGGUGAGAUCUUUGAAACAGGAUAAGGUAUCUUCCAUUCACACCAUCGUCUUGUAAAACCUUAUUGGUAAUUAGGCUAAAGAUAGUCAUAGAUUUGGUUUGUCUAUAUUUAUCAGUGAUUUGACUUGACUUGACUGGUUUAUAUACAUAUAUGAAUAUAAAUUAAUAAAACAAAUAUAUAUAUUUAGGUAAAACAUAAUAGAAAUGUUCAGAUUUGGUAGAAAUAAACGUACAUGAGAGAUAGUCGGAAACUAGAAUGUUCAAGAUUAUGAAGAUAGUACCCAAGUACGCCCGACUCGCGUGCCCAAAUGCAGACGGAAAGUGGGCGCACACCCAACUCCCGCCACAUAAAAGCAUCGGCACCUGCCUUUCACUAGACACAACGGAAACACAACUAUUUCUGUAAUAAGACUGCAAUUUCCUAUCUACAAUACUGUCUUUAGCUAUACUUCUCUGAAAAUCAAUAUGUCCAAGAUGGAGAAUCAAAAUACUGCCUCUCUUGAAGCUCCCAACUGCAAAGAGAAUUCAGUUCUCCCCAUCGCUGAGAAGGGACUUUUCUUCCAUGAUUCCUUCUUCGAGGAUAUUCGGAAACAUUUUGAGACAGCCAUCGACCAAAUCCUGGAUACGUGGGGUGAAGCCAAAUCCGUGAGUGAUCUCAUGAGUAGCUUCACACGUAUAAGAGAGCGUAAUUUGCAGCAGGAGAACCAAGUCAUGGCCUUCAGCGAAGACGACCAGAAUCACAAGGUUAUACUGGAUGUUCAUGACUUCAAGAGUGGAGACACGAAGGUCAAAGUGGAAGACAAUCAGGUGGUGGUGGAGGGUCGAGUGGAAAAGGAAGAGGGCGACUUCAAGUCCAUGAAAAGCUUCUGUCGCCGCUUCAACUUCCCAGGCAAAGUGAACAUGGAGGCCGUGACUUCCGCAAUGUCUUCUGAUGGCGUCUUGACUAUCACAGCUCCUAAGGUCAUAGAGGAAUCUUAAACAGGAACAUAUAUUCUAUAAGGUAUUUAGUUGUAAGACCUGUAAUCUGUGAGUUAAGUAUGCUUAAUUUUGGAUACUGUGAGACUGAAUCAAUAAAGUGAAUAAGGUUAUACAAAUGCAUUCGUUUACGUAUCAUCUU